AUGAUGUUCCUGAUGUUCUGCUGCCUCUCCUCCUCUUCCUCUCUAAGGAUGAAGAUGAUCUCCAGGAUCCUGCUGCUCCUCAUCCUCAGCUCAUGUCUCUGUGCAGCAACAUUUGUAGUGAAUGUGACACAGAGCAGCUAUCAGGCAGAGGAGAACCACAGCAUCACUCUGGAGUGGACCUUCACCACCAAGACUCAGGGAUCCUGGAGGGAACUGUUCAUCAUCUGCAGCUUGGUGGCUCCUCAUAAAGAAUCAGUUCUCUAUCAGGUCCACGAAGGUGUUGAGAUUCCAGAGUCUCAGGAUAAACAGUUUUCAGGACGAGUCCAGAUUGACAAAGACGUCCUCAGAGAAGGACGAAUCAGACUCCAUGUGUCCAGACUGAGGACUGAAGACGCUGGUCUGUAUCUGUGUGACGUGAAAACUGAAGAUGGAUUCAACAAUGCUGAAUGUCGACUCAUCGUUACUGGUCAAGAGAAGGUGGUUGGUGGUCAUGACUUGAUACAUGCAAAGGUGGGAGACGACGUUAUUCUGCCAUGUCAUCUGGAGCCUCCAUUUGACGUGAACAGUCUAACAAUCGAAUGGAGAUUCCAGGGUCAAAUAAUACAUUUGCAUCACAGUGGAGCUAAAGAUGAUAAAACUUCAGACCCAAAGUACCAGGGCAGAACCUCUAUGUUCCAUGAUGAGUUUAAAAAAGGAAACAUUUCCCUCAGAUUGAUCAAAGUAACCAAGGAGGAUGAAGGGAAUUAUACUUGUUUUGUUCCCAAACUGCAAAGUCAAGUCAGGAAGGUGAAAGUUACUCUAAAACUUGGAUCUGAUCCUGGAGUUAUUGGUGGUGUUGUUGUUGGUGUUGUUAUUGGAGCACUCAUCAUCCUCGCCUUCAUCACAUACUGUGUUGUACGUCACCUCAUAAUCUAUGUUGUACGUCGCCACAGAGGUAAACAAACUGAAGAGAAGUAA